CUGGGAAAAAGGCGGUUUUAUAUUUUCCCCGCAACCAAACGCACGCUAUAUUUUCUUCUUUGAAUCGAGUAUUGAACGUAUCUUUCAAAUUAAUGGGAUCGGUGAUGAGUUUAUUUCCGAGCAAAAUGAGCAAAGAAGAGAUGGAAACAACGCUCACCAAAGCCAAGGAGAUUGCCUCCUCCACUCCAGUUGUUGUCUUCAGCAAAACCUACUGUGGUUAUUGUACAAGGGUGAAGCAGUUGCUCACACAGCUGGGAGCAACUUACAAGGUCAUAGAACUGGACGUGGAAAGUGAUGGAAGUAAAAUUCAAUCAGCUCUGGCAGAGUGGACUGGGCAAAGGACUGUACCUAAUGUGUUCAUUGGGGGAAAACACAUUGGUGGUUGCGACACUGUUGUUGAGAAGCACCAAGGAGGUAAGUUGGUGCCCCUUCUCACUGAUGCUGGUGCCAUUGCUGAGAAGUAAUAACUCUGCUCAGUUGCAAAAAAGGUGAGAACUAGAAUUAGAUGUAUAUUGGAUGAAGAGAACCAAACUAUAUGUUCUGUAAUCAUUAGCUAUGUAACUUGUUCAAUGUGGUGUGAAUGCGAUUAUUAUAUGAUAUGAAAUAAAAUUUUGUAUGCUGCCA